GAAAAUUAUAACACAAAAAGGAGUAAAAUUUAGCGCUUUUUUGAAAAAAUGUCUCGAAAGGCAUUUGAUGAUCUUGGCCCACAAAGAAAGCGUCAAGUGCUUCAAGAACAUAAAAACUACCUUGACAGGACCAACGAACCUAACCUCAAUGAACGAAUCAUCCCAGGACCAGCUUUUCAACCUGUUCAAGAUCAUACUUUCGGCGCGAAUGAAAGACCGAAAAGCGCCAAUAAUGAAGAAAAUAUAGGGCAUCGCGAUGUAAAAAUGGAUGGAUCACGUGAUGUCAAUGAUGUCGUUAAUAAUUAUUAAAGGGAUGAUUAUAAUCAUCCCUUUUAUGAUCAUCAAAAUAUUAUCGAGGCUAGAAAUCUGCAGCCUUAUGAAGAAAACAAUUUCGACGAAGAAAAUGCAGCCGAAUUCAACAACUGGGGAGUGGAUAACCAAUAUGAUGACAAUGCGGAUCACAUGCACCGUUUUCCACUGGAUGAAGACUAUGAUAUUUUCGAAGAAAUGGCUGAAGAACCGGCUGAAAAUAACGGUGAUGCUCAAGAAAAUCAACGAAGGCCAGAUGAUAACGAUGCACAUCAACAGUUUGGCGAUAAUCGACCUUUGUACCGUGGCGCUACUAUUACUGUGGGUGAAAGCAUGUUAUUAAUUUUGGCAAUCUUUAUUUUUUACAACGUAGAUUACUCAUGCCUCGCAGACAUCAUCACCGUCAUCAAUUUCCAUUGCUUGCAAGAAAAUUUGAUACACAAUAGUUUAUAUAAAUUUCAAAAAUAUUUUUCUAUCAAAGAAACACAAAUGCGUAAGCAUUUCUACUGCUCCAUAUGUAUUAGACCAUUAACUGGUGUUGACGAUAUGUGUCCUUCAUGCCCACGUGAAAAAAAUUCGUAUUUUUCGGAACUUCCAUUCGAUACUCAAUUGAUAGAUAUGUUUCAAAGACGCGAUUUUUAUACUAGUUUACAAUGGCGAUUCGAGAGACCUGUUAAUCCACCGGGAGUAAUUAGUGAUAUUUACGAUGGUACAUUAUAUGAAACUUAGAUGAAAAAUGGAUUCUUAUUAAAUGUAAAGAACAUCUCUUUUAGUUGGUACACUGAUGGAGUUCCAAUAUUCAAAUCGUCCAAAGUUGGCUUUUGGCCUUUGUAUUUGACAAUCAAUGAAUUUCCCUAUGAAAUAAGAUUUAAAAAAAAAACUAUUCUUGCAGGACUAUGGUUUGGCAAUAAGAAGCCAAAUGCUAAUUAUUUUGUUUAUAAAUUUCGUCAACAAUUCGAAAACAUUUUUCAUCGAGGUAUUCAAAUUGAAUUGCCAAAUAUAAAUCAUACAAUAACUGUUCGGGGUGUACUUUUAAGAGGUGCAUGCGAUCUACCAGCCAAGGCUCAAUUUUUGAAUUUUGUUCAAUUCAAUAGUGAAAACGGAUGCCCUACUUGUCAUUGUACUGGAGAACAACUUCCACUCGAUCCCCGGGGUUCGGUUCGCGUUUAUCCUUAUGUGGAAAAUCCGCGAAUGAGAACAACCGAAGAGUGUAUUACUUAUGGUGAUAAUGCAACUUCCGAUAAUCCUGUUAUGGGAAUUAAGGGCCCGAAUGCUUUUUCUAGAAUAAUGCCCGAUUUUAUGAGAGAAAUAGGGAUUGACAAGAUGCAUAGUGUAGAUGGCGGCAUCGUAAAAAAAAUUAUUAACGCUUUGGUUUCACUCAAAAUACAGAAAUUAUGCAUUUUCGUUGUCAGCAUUUAUUGACGUUAUUAUUAGAAGGUUGAAUGGAAUAAAACCUCCAAAAUUCGUGCAUCGUAUGCCACGUUCAGUCGAAGAACUCCUGCAUUGGAAAGCAUCAGAACUGAAGCUAUGGUUCUAUUAUUACUCAGUACCAGUUCUUGAAGGCAUAAUGAGAAUAGGCUACUUUGAAAAUUACGUUUUACUUGUAACCGCUAUUUCAAUACUUGACUCUGAAAACAUUCAUCAGCAAAUGAUUGACAUCUCUGAAGAUUUACUAUGCAAAUUUGUAUGACAGUUUGAAGAAAAGUAUGGGAAAAUUUUUUGUUCGAUCAAUAUUCAUCAGCUUAUACAUUUACUUCACUGCAUUCGAGUUUUAGGCCCCUUGUGGACUUUUUCUUGCAUGCAAUAUGAAAAUUUAAAUGGUUUAUUUUUUCGACUCGUACGUGGAACGUGGCAUAUAGAAACUCAAAUGCUAAAAUCCCAUACUUGUAGCAGUGAAAAAAAGCAAUUAAAAAUCAAAGAGCGUUUAGGUCCUCAUUGUUAUAGUGUAGGUCACUACAAACUCGUAGAAGAAAUACCUAUAAUGAUUCGAAACGCGUUGAGAAAUUCCAAUGUAUUGGUGGAAGGCUGGGUUUGGCGAUACCUGCGUUUAUUAAAAAACAGUCAGUUGUAUGUGGCUGAGAUGUACCCUAGAAGACUGGCUACGAAGUCAUGUAUUGUCAAAUAUAUGGAUGAUGGUGGUUUGGAAAAUUUUGGGUAAAUCCAUUGUCUAAUCAAAAUAAGUGUACCUUGUCAAUGUUUGCUACAAUUUUGUGAAUGCCAAAGCAGACAUUUUGCAAUCAUUGGCCAGAUUGGCACAGAUGAAUAUUUCGUAGCUCGCGGAAGACAAAAUAAUGAAGUGCGGGUUAAUCAUUUACGUAAAUGUCGUUUGACUGAAGUUGUUUCAGCUGUAGACGUUUCUCAAUUGCAAAGUGUUUGCAUUUCAAUUAGUAUUGAUGAGCAAUUGUACCUAGCAUACCCUGUAAACAGUAAAGAAGUUGAGUAAGCGAUUCCUUUCCAACGUACCUCUGAUUUGCUGUACUUGAA